UGCCCGGCCGCGCCUCACGACAGCGCCCACCUGCUGCGGCUUCUCGGGGAACAAGGCGCGGGACAAACUGCAUGUAAAGACGGAACCGCCACAGCGCCCGAAUAUGCCCUGCGUGCAGGCCCAGUACAGCCCUUCGCCCCCUGGCUCAAGUUAUGCAGCUCAGACCUUCACCUAUGGCUCGGAGUACAAUCCCGAGAUCAUGAACCCUGACUACACCAAGCUGACCAUGGAGCUGAGCGGUGCUGAGAUCAGUGCCACUGCCACCACCUCUCUGCCCAGCUUCAGCACUUUUAUGGAGGGCUAUGCUGGGAAUUAUGAGCUCAAGCCCUCCUGCUUAUACCAAAUGCAGUCCUCUUCGCCCUCCUCUUCUGCAAACCAGAGGCCCCUCGUCAAGAUGGAAGACAAUCGGAUGCAUGGCUACCAUCCUUCCUUACCUCCCUCUGCUGAUGAAGGCAUGGCUGUGAACACCUCCAUGUACUUCAAGCAGUCCCCGCCCUCCACGCCCACCACCCCCGGGUUCCCCCCACACCAGGCCCCCUGGGACGAACCGCCACCGCCCCCUCUUCCGCCAGCACAGACCUGCAUGGCCCCUGGCCACCUGAUGAGCGCUGCCCCUAUGAAGACGGGGCCUGGCCGCUUCCCACUCUUCCACUUCAAGCAUUCGCCGCCCCACACGCCACCUGCCGGCGCCCACAUGUGCUACGACGCCACUGCCUUGAGCCUGCCCAUGGGAUCGGAUAGACCCCCCGCUGGCCAAGCCGCCAUGGAAAACCACCCCUACGGGCUCCCGUUGUCCAAGAGAGCAGCCGCCUUAGCCUUCUCGCCGCUGGGUCUCAAUGCAGCCGCUUCCAGUCUUCUGGGUGAGAGCAGCAGUAGCAGCAGCGGUCUUCCCUCCCCACCCAGCAGAAGCUCUUCGUCAGGGGAGGGCACUUGCGCCGUGUGCGGGGACAAUGCUGCCUGCCAGCACUAUGGUGUGCGGACAUGCGAGGGCUGCAAAGGCUUCUUCAAGAGGACAGUUCAGAAAAAUGCAAAAUAUGUUUGCCUGGCUAAUAAAAAUUGCCCAGUGGAUAAGCGCCGUCGAAACAGAUGUCAAUACUGCCGAUUUCAGAAGUGUCUCAGUGUCGGCAUGGUAAAAGAAGUUGUCCGUACUGACAGUUUGAAAGGGAGAAGAGGCCGACUGCCGUCCAAACCAAAGAGCCCUUUGCAGCAAGAGAUUCCUCCGCCCUCCCCACCUUCUCCUCCAGUCAGUAUGAUGAACGCUCUUGUGCAAGCGUUAUCCGAUUCCGCACCCAGAGAGCUUGAUUAUUCCAGAUACUGUUCCACUGAGCAGACUUCUACAGGUACAGAUGCAGAACAUGUGCAACAAUUCUAUAAUCUUCUCACUGCCUCCAUUGACAUAUCCAGGGUCUGGGCAGAAAAAAUCCCAGGAUUUACAGACCUCCCAAAGGAAGAUCAAACUCUACUCAUAGAAUCAGCGUUUUUGGAGCUCUUUGUAUUGAGAAUGUCCAUCAGAUCUGACACUGCUGAAGAUAAAUUUGUUUUCUGCAAUGGACUUGUGCUUCAUAGACUUCAGUGCCUUCGUGGAUUUGGGGAGUGGCUCGACUCAAUUAAAGACUUUUCCUUAAAUUUACAGAGCCUCAACCUUGACAUCCCAGCCUUAGCAUGCUUAUCAGCUCUAAGUAUGAUUACAGAACGACAUGGCUUGAAAGAACCAAAGAAAGUGCAUGAGCUAUGCAACAAGAUUAUGAGCAGCUUUAAAGAUCACUUGGCCUUCAGCUGCCAAAGCAAAGGACAACCUUUUGAGCCUGUGGAGUCCAAAGUGCUUGCGGUCCUUGCUGACUUGCGCUCCCUCUGCACCCUCGGACUGCAGCGGAUCUUUUACCUGAAACUGGAAGAUUUGGUGCCACCUCCUUCCAUUAUUGACAAACUGUUUCUGGAUACCUUACCAUUCUGAGGUUCACAUUACCCUUGUGAAGGGCAACUGUCUACCAGAGCAGGCAAAAAAAAAGAAACAAAAAAGACUGAAAACUUUAUGCUAACAAUGCUGCUCUCAUUUAACCGGCGGAAAAAAGCGAUUCCAGCCCUGAGCAUUGGACUUCGCCUAAUGAAUUUCCUUGCAAGCUGCCUAAAAUGUAUCUACAGGUCUGGAGCUAGGAAACUGGAGAGAGGGAGCGCUGAGUGCAGUUUUUGUUUUUUAAUCACUAAUAUGGCACUUUUGAACGAUGCUACCCCAGCAGGAAAAAAUCUAUUGCAUAGCACCUCAUCUUAAGUGGUGAGCAGAAAAUUGUAGAUGCUGUGUGUUUGAAAAUAGUAGUGUUUGAAACCAGUAACAAUGGCAAAUUGUUCAUGCAGGUAGUAUGUCUUUUAUAGUUCAUACCUUUAGCAUACCUCCUGUACCAAGGGCACAUUAACCUGGCACAAAUGAAAAAUUCUCUCUUUUUUUUCUAACGUUGAUUCAUGUUUCGUAUAAAUCUGAUAUAGCAAAAUGACAACGGCUGUUAACUCCCAUGGUCAAGUGCAAUUUUUAAAGUCUUGUUUGUUAAUUAUAAUUUAUUUUAAUAUAAAAAGUAAAUGGAAAUAGCAAGAGUGAGGGGCGGGCAUAGUUUUACAUGCACUAACUUCCAUGAUAAAGUUUCCCAAACUUUGGAUCCAUGUAACAGGACUUAUUAACAUGCCAAGAUGGGGUGGGGGUGGGGAGAGGAAAGGCGUCAAGGAGCAAUUUUUGAUGAGGCCACAUUCUUAGGAAGUAAGUCACGAUGCAUAGCAACUGAAAGGGUCAGCACCAUGCAUAGUUACAGUUUAGAACUGAAUUUAGCAAAUGGAUUAGUAAGGAUACAAGACAGUUUGGAAGAACAAGUCUUGUAAAAAAAUAGUCUGAAUGUAAAUGCUAGAAAAGGGUUUAGUGGGCUGCAUUUUAAACAUUCCGUGUAUGUACUCCCUAUUUUGUAUGUUUAUACUGUUGAUGCUAUAUUAAUAUGAAACUAUUUGUUGCAUAGUGUCUUUAUUUGUAUAAAUAUUUGCAUGCAUAAUAUAUUGUAAAACUUCGCCUGUAUUUAUUGCAAUGACUGCCAGCUCCUGGGAGCCGCGUUACACAGAUCAACUAAAUAGUGCGUUCACACUGA